CUCCUCCUCUUCCUCCUCCUACCUCUGCCGGCUGGUGGAAGCUUCAGACCUCCUCUUCUGUCCUCUCCUCACUCCAUCCCACGGACGAGUGUACACAGACUCUUAAGUUGAACCCAGACGCGCACACACAAGACAACACUUACAGCAAGAGGACGAUAGUCGGAGGAAAGGUAGAGAGGGAAAAGAAAGGAGAGUGGACGGAGCUGCUGCCGAGCGAGCAAAAUUUGGAUUUUAAUUUAUUAAGCGAGCCCUAAAUGACAGAUUUGUCUUUGCUUUUUACUGUUUCAAAGUCCACUGUGAAGUGCACUUUUUUUUCGGGACUUCGUGUGACCCUCUGGUAAUAUUUUAAAAACUUUGCAAGAAAGAAAACUGCGACAAAGGCAAAGAGAACAGCGCUUUAACCGUCAGCUUUAACCGUCCCGUAUGGAUAAAUAAGGCAGAGAAGCGCACUGGUGGAAAAAAGCUCACUACGGGGAAUUUCAUUCAUUCAUCGGUUCUGACUUGAAGGAGAGAGAGUUUUUUAGGGGGAGGCGGAUUAAAAAAAGAAGCCAGCUUGCACCGGAAUUGCCCAUUGGGGGGUUCCUCUUUAUUACUGACUGAAGAAGGAUUUAUAGUUUACUCCAAAUCUCAUCUGCUCGGUGUCUUAGGUCAAGCACAGCGGGAGCGCAGUUUGGUGAAAAUGAGAUUGAUGGCACCAAUGCGAUAGUAAUCUUUCUGUGGGAACAAAAGGAGAAAGAAAUAUAGAAAUUAAAACAUUGCCCUUUGAAUCCUUAUUGCGAACAGUCGUGGGGUUUUUUAUCGACUGGAGGGAUGGAGACGAUCGGGAGAAAGGGAGGCGCGCCGUUGGGGUGUCGCCUCUGGAAGACGCUGCUUCUUCUUCUGCUGUGGAAAGUGUCUGACAGCCCCUCAGUAGCAGCAGGCGGUGGACCAGGCGGAGGGCCGGACAUCUCCCAGUCCCACUUCUCCUCCUCUCUUCCCACCUACCUCCCUGUCCAAUGCCAACUAAGUGGUGCUGAUUCCGCCUUCUUCCUGCGAGAAGCCAAUCAGGAGGUUAUGCGAAAUGGCAGCCUAUCAUCACGGACUGAGCCAUUCUUUCUCCACCAGCUAGAACCAGGCAUUUCUGCCCCACACUCUCUGCCAAGUGUAAACUGCAGUUAUGGAAAUCUGAGCACUGAGCAGCCAAUCCCUGUGGAAUUGCUUCAAGGUCCACCACCACACCUGCUCCUUUCAACAAACCGUGUGACGUUGAACUGGAAGGUCAAAGGUCAGGUAGUUGUGCCUAAAGUGGGAUCAACAAGGCCCUGGAUACAGGUAUUAUUUUACCUGGUAGGGCGGCGUUGGGAUGAGCCUGAACCACCUCCAUCAUCCCUCCUCCCAUGCAUCAGGGCCUUGGCCAUCCGUGACACUAGUGAAGCAGCACCCUCGGCAGGCUGCCGACUCAUGGGACCAUCUGGUAUCUGUGUUGUCCGUCUGGAGAUUCCCCCAGCUUGGUUUACACCACCACAAGUGAGAAAGAGACCUCCUGAAGUGGCGCUACCAUCAGUGGAUGUGUAUUACUCAAUUAUACCAGUGGAAGGUGCUGGUCAAGAGUGUCCCUCCAUUGUUAAUGAGCCAUGGAAAGCUCCAAGUGCAAACCCUGGGCCACAUGGUGGUCUGGCUAUGGGCCUUGGGGGGCAGUGGAGCACACUAGUGGAUGAAGGUCUUCAAGACAUGCUGAAAGUUGGUUCUGUUGCAAUGAGCAUGGGCCCUGUUUCUGCCAAAGGAGAAAGACUACAAUUAGAUGACAAUGUGGAAGUUUUGGAGCCUCCCAGUCCUGUUCGGCUUGGCAGAACAGUGGCUUUUGCCAUCUACAUGAAGACGACUUCAAAUACGGAACAGUUUACAUUGAGGGUGUGGUUCCAGUCAGGUAUCAACUUCCUGGCUGUGAAACCCAGCAACCUUGUCGCAUGGGAGAUCAAACAGGAAAUGGCACCGGGAAGCAGUUCGUUGGCAGUUAUGUGCCAGAGAAAGGCCUCCUCCACAGCAGAGAGUUUAGAAAGUCCUUCCUAUGAGGUGAUGCAGCUCGACUUUGAGGUGGAUAACGUGAUUAACCUGGUGCCAACCCAGACUCUACACUGGAGCGUUGAAUACCCAGCUGGCACACAGACAACUUCCAGGCAAACAGAGAAAGUUUCACACCUCUAUAUCAGCAGCGCCGACAUACAGGGCAUCGUACCACUGGCUGAGGACACAGAAAUUGUGAAUACAGCCAUUCUAACCGGUCGACAUGUUGCAGUGCCAAUCAAAGUGGUUACUGUGGAAAGCGAUGGGCAGGUGAGGGAGGUGGACGACUCUAUCACCUGCAGCUCAACAGAUGUGGAUGUGGUUAAGGUUUCUCCAAACUGUGACAAGGUUUUGGUGAAUGGCAAAGAAAUGCGUGGUCGGCAGUCUUUGACCAUCAAGUUCUCAUACCUGCACCUAUCUGCUCAGCUUCAGCUCACCGUCUGGGUGCCCAAGCUACCACUUCAGAUAGAUCUGUCAGAUACUGAGCUCAGCCAGGUCAAGGGCUGGAGGGUGCCAAUCAUCACUAACAAGAGACCCACCAGAGACAGUGAAGAUGAUGAGGACGAUGACAGAAAGGGCAAAGGCUGCACCCUACAGUACCAGUAUGCUUUGGUGCGGGUCCUCACUCAUUUUGUCGCAGAACCGUCUGACCCAGGUGGAGAGAUGGUUUACAUGCUGGGUGCUGACUGGCAAGUUGAUAUCACUCAUUUGGUCUUGGACCAAUUAAAGAUAGAAGAGCCUCGCAUUGCCAGAUUAAUAGAUGGACGAAUCGUAAUCGGGCGGGACCUGGGACACACCAAUAUACAGGUUCUGUCCCCCUUGUCUGACUCGAUACUGGCAGAGAAGACUGUAACUGUAUUAGAUGACAAGGUCACCAUUUCUGACCUGGGAGUCCAGCUGGUUGCAUCUUUGUCCCUUAGUUUGAGUCCAAGUCCUGUAAAUUCUCAAGCCAUACAGUUAACAACCACAGCUGCUGACCUGCUACAUACACCUAAACAGGAAGCUGGGAUCAGUGCAUGGAUCCAGUACAGUGAUGGUUCAGUGACACCAUUGGAUAUAUAUGAUCCAAAAGACUUCCUACUUUCAGCUGUCUCACUUGAUGAGAAUGUCAUUUCUGUUACCAAUCAGGAACAGCACUGGCCCAUUGUAGUAGCAGAAGGUGAUGGGCAGGGGGCAUUGUUUCGAGUAGAGAUGGUCAUCUCUGAAACUUGCCAGAAGUCAAAAAGGAAGAGUGUGCUGGCAUCUGGAGUUGGAAAUGUUAUAGUUAAGUUUGGAGCAAAAAAUGACGAAAGAGGAGUGAUGGGAAGAGGGGGGCAAGAUGAUGGUGGAGGGUUGGAUAACAGCACCAGUGAACAACGGACAAAAGAUGGAGGAGAGUGGAAAUCCAACAGUGCAGCAGUGGACCGAGAGGAAGGAGCCAUGAGGAAGGUUAGCUCAACAACCAAGAGUACAGUAACCCAUCGUGCUUCAGGUGGCAAAGGUGCUGGUGGUGGCAGCAGCAGUAGUCGUGGCAGUGGCCCCAACCAACCAGGCGACUACAGUAGCUACCCAGCACCAGUGGAGGUACCGGGGACUGGAAACAGUGAGCUAACCCAGCCCACUAGAGGCCUGUCAGACCUGGAGAUUGGGAUGUAUGCCCUUCUGGGAGUAUUCUGCCUGGCAAUACUGGUUUUCCUCAUCAACUGUGUCAGCUUUGCUUUCAGAUACCGUCACAAGCAAGUCCCAGUUCUAGAGGCAGGAGGCAACAUGAACCAUGCCCACGACUGGGUGUGGCUUGGCACUGAGGCUGACCUUUUAGCAGACCACCCUGACCAAUGCCAGGGUGGCAUGCCGGAUGAGUGCACCACCAUAAUUGACCGCAAUGAAGGGGGCUACGAGGAGAACAAGUAUCUACUGAAUGGGGCCGGUAACACCUUGGUAAUGGGCAUGGGCACUAUAAGUGGGAGCGGUGGCAGAGGUGGACAUCGGGGUGUCACCCAUGGACAAACCUUGCCUAGAUCUGUUCCAGAAUCGCAUCAGUGCCUUUCAGCAAUCACUACUGGUGGCAAAGAUGCUACAGGUCAAAAGGAGCAUCUGAAUAAUUCCCCCCAAGCCACAGCUGCAGCUGCUGUUGCAGCGGCCAAACGCAAACGCGUCAAAUUCACAUCUUUUGCCACUGUUCUGCCCAAUGAUAAUUCAGGUGGUGGCCCAUACACCAACUCAUCAGUCCUGGUGACGAAUGGGAGUGAAGAUGAUAUCAAGUGGGUGUGCCAGGAUAUGGACCUAGGUCAGUCUGAAAUCAGAACCUAUAUGGAAAGGCUACAAGACAAUCUGUGACUGAUGGGAAAGAAACUGAGAAAUGGCGGGGCAGAGGAUUAGUACAGUAGGGGGAGAAUGGACAAUGAGUACAAUUCACCUAUAAUGCCUUUGCAGUGGAUAUAUGGAGGGAGAAUGGGAGGGAUAUAGGAAGCGUGAAGGGAACAUAAAGUGUGAUGAUGUGUCUGGAAGGGUAUCUAAGAGACAUUGUGUUGGGUUGGGGACGCUUACAUUUAGCAUCCCUUAGGCUAUGAAAAGCAUCACUAGCUCACACUAAAAUUAAUGGUAGCAAAUAAUAAAAAACUUUGAGUUUUUUCUGUUUUAUUUAUUGUGAAAAUAUUAGUGUAAAAAUCAAUAAUAAAGUCACUAUUGUUUUAAAUGUUUACUUUCAGAAAAUUAGUAAACCAUUGUAUAGAUACUUACAGUAAAUUCAGGGUACGUUAUUGGACAGACAUUUGUAAGCCACUUUACAUUUAAACGAGGAUGGGAAGGACUUACAUCAUGUCCUGCCUUCAGAAGUCUUUUUUACUCGUGUGGUUUAUUGCCAACCUUUGCUGUGGCCGUUGACUAAUCAUUGAUCUACUUUUGAUAUACAAACAUUUACCUGCCGAGUCUGCAGAAUGGUUACGUAAUGAGUUCUCUGACGAAUAUGUGUUGUUGGUUUAUCAUGUGACCCAUUUCUUAUGGCAUUUCUCAUAAGUAACAUGUGAAAUGUAAUAAAUAUAUAUAGUCCAAGUACUCAACUAGAAAUUCAGGCAUUUUGCAGUUACUAGUGGGAAUUGCCAUUCAGCUCUGUAUUCAGGCAAAUGUGCUCUUUCUUGAAACAACAGAGUGUCUUGAGAGUUGGAAAAUGAUGUAUCUUACAAAAGACUGUUUCUCCCUUGGAUCCAAGACAGAGGCAUUUAUUCUUGCACAAUUACAAACAGGAAAGGACAUUAGCCAUAUUUGAGGCUGAUUUUCUGUUUUCCCUGCAGCCAAUGAUGGCUUUCUCCCUCUAUCCAGAAUCACUCCUGUCAUCCCCUGGCCCAUCUCCUUGUCUGUGAUUGGACAACAGUAGAACAUUUGUGAAGUUAAAAAAAAAAGAAAAAUACACACACAGUGAAACACUGAGUGUAAGGGGACUGACUGAAGUGUCUCAUAUUAAAAAAAAAGGAAGUGGUUGGGCUUUGCAAAGCCUGACUGAGCACCUAAUAAUGAAGAUUAUUAAAAAAAAAUGUACCACAUAGGCAACCAGACAGACAGGAGUACCUGCAGUGUUGAACAUUGAGAUAACAGGAUGUACUGAAUGACAUGUGAAUGGAUAAUGAUAAUGGAAUGGAUACCUGACGAACAGAUAUGGAUACGUACCAGCUUGUUGAACAUUAUUAUGAAUAUAUUGGGGUUUUUUUUCCUUUUGUUUGUCCUUUUUGAUAAAUAGAAGGUUUUUAUGUUUUUCUUUGUUAUGUUUUUCCCUAAUUUGGGAAGAUAUUAACUGUAGCGUUUUAUUUCAGAGAUUUAUUAAGAUUUAAGAAUAUAUGAUCCUUUUUUUCCUUCUAGAUACCUAUUUAUUUGAAAUCAUGUUUGAGAGGGUGAGGAAGGAAUGACAGGGCAAGGACAAAGACUGAAAGUAAUAGGCCUGCUGGUGAAUGAUAGCACAUAAAAGAAUAAGUGGAAAGAAGGACUCAGAACAGGCAAAGGUUGCCUCACCUUCGUUAAGCUCAGGUGACGAGUCAUGAAGAACCGACAAUAAAAAAGGAGAACUGUACGAUGUUAAGAUUGCAAUAUUUAUUUAUAAAUGUGUUACUGUUUCAGAGUACACUGUAUGUUGUAAAUAAAUAAACAUGCUUCAAAGUGCUUGUGAAUAAGAUUGCAGGCCACUAGCCAA